AUGAAUUGCGGCGCUGUAUCGAGUUUCCUGCUGCGCUCCGAGAUUAUCGAAGUGUUUACAUGUCUGGUGAACGAAAUACCCAAGUAUACAAAUACGUUUAUGGAACGCAUCUUACCAAUUGUCUGGCAGCUACUCACACAGAUUGCCGAAACCUACGUCAAGGUGUCCGUUAAUCAGACGGAACCGAAUCCGCUGGCCAGCGGAACCAAUGAAGAGGAUGACGAGCAGACCAACUUUCUUAUACAAAUUCUGGAGUUCAUCAACUGCAUUGUGACUUGCAGCAAACUUCGCGGCACCAUUAAGAAUGUGCUCGCUGAUUUGAUCUACAUCACCAUUGUUUACAUACAACUCAGUCAAGAGCAGCUCGAAGGGCAGCACCGGUAG